AGCCGAGAUGCCUCAAGAUGCAUCAUGAUGAGACCCACAGAUCAAAGCCCUUCGGGGCUAAGUCGCUCUUCCCGCUCUGGUGUGCUGGAUUCCAGAAGAUGGCACAUGUUGAGCAUAUACAUGACUUUGGGUAUUUUGAACCAGACCCUUUGGCUCAGUUUUGCUGCUACACCAGAAGCAACAGCAAGCCGUUUCGGCAUUGAUGAGCGUUUUAUUGCUUACCUGGCGGUUCUCUGCAACGCAGUCUAUGUCCCUGGCAGCUGGCUGUGCACAUGGCUAUUGCGAAGUCAUGGCCUGGCCAAGGUCAUGGGAGUAGCUUGUUGGUUGCAACUGGUUGGUGGCUUCUUACGCUGGCUCUCAGAUCUGCUGCUUCGCCCCCUCUCAGGGCCCUUGGGAUUUCUGGGUCUCUUCUGCGGCCAAGGUAUCGCGGCGGUUGCUUCGCCUUUGAUCAUGAACACCCCAGCUGUUUUUGCAGAUGCUUGGUUUGGAAAACGAGAACGCGAGGGUGUAUUGGCUGCUGGUGCUUUGUCGCCCAUUUUUGGACAGGGCUUGGGCUCUGCACUGGCAGGUUUCAUUGUGACAGGUCCAGAGGCCGAAGGCACUAAAACACUGCUCGCAGGGCAGGCAAUCUUUAGCCUUGUACUUGCCAUAUGGACCCUGAACCAAUUCAUGGAUUCUCCCCGUGCUGGUGUUGCACUGAGUGCAGCUGGCAGCUCCCUCCGCGAGACUUUGCAGCUUCUGUGUCGCCCCCACUUCUUUUUGCUUUUGGUAAUCUUCAUUUGCGGCAUGGCCUUGGCUGCGUCAACCUUGACACUCUUUGGUGAUAUUGCCAGCGGCUGCGGCUACACUUCUACUGAAGCUGGUCUUGCGAGUGGGCUGUUCAUGAUAGGAGGAGUGCUUGGCUCUCUUGGAACUGGAUAUGUCUUGGGAGUAACACGAGCUUAUCGGACCAUCCUGCGCUGUGCUAUUCUGUCGGCAGUGUCAUUUGGAUGCCUUUUUCUUCUCAUGCUCCGUCCUAACAAUCUUGUUGGUCUCUUGAUUACAGUGACCUUCUUUGGCACCUUCAUGAUGAGUUCGCUGCCUGCAUUGCUCUCAAAUGCGGUAGAAGAGACUUACCCGACACCCCCAGAGAUCUCGACCACUCUACUCUUUAAUUCAGCCAUUCUUAUGCAGGUGUUCUUUACCCCGCUGGUGCAAUUCAUCUUAAACCAGGAUGACGACUGUGCGUCUUGGGGAUCCAAGUACAGUUCUUUCAAUAUUUAUUGUGGGCUCUUUGGCUGUUUACUGCCUGCCAUUCUUUACUGUGGCAAGAGCAAUCGGAUGUUGGCCGAGAACGAAGAGGAAGCUUCUUUCACCGGAGGCUAGUGAA